UAAAGUUUUUAUUAAGUAAACAUUAUAAAAACGGAAACAACUUUUUGAUUAUAUGAACUAGGCAAACUAGGGCGCCAAAACGCCGAACGCGCAGGCGCCACCAACGUUAGGCGCCACAGGCGCUUUCGUUUUAGCGCUUCCGUUGCUUCCGUCGAGAGCUUCCGUCUUCCGGAGUCCGGAGUCGCUCUCCGUCAGCGCUGUCUCCGCACUGCUCCCACGUUCGCUCGAUGGAAGACCGGCUUAUCUUUUUUGCCGCGACGAUAACGCGCAGAAAGUCGACGUGUUUCUGACAGCCGGGGAAACUCACAAACGGUCGUGGUCCGCCGUAUUCCGAUGGCAGUCUUCGGACUCUUACUUUGUUCCACCCUGCUCCUCUUCGGCCACCUCCGGGCCGCCGAGGAGAGCUUCGAGGAAUCCCAGUACGGCGUGAAGUACGCGUCCAAGUGCGAGGUGUGCAAGUACCUCGCCGUCGAGCUGGAGGCGAGUCUGGGAGAGACCGGCAGGACUCAUGACGUGAUCGAGACCGGCUACGAGUUCGGCAAGCCUAAGAAGAGGAAAAAGUACGCCGUGUCCGAGCUCCGCCUCGUCGAGACGCUGGACGGAGUCUGCGACCGCCUGCUCCAGUACAACGUGCACAAGGAGCGUAAGGACAGCACGCGCUUCGCGAAGGGCACCAGCAACACCUUCAAGGCCCUCAACAACCUGGUGGCCAAGGGCGUCAAGGUGGACCUGGGGAUCCCGCACGAGCUGUGGGACACGCCGUCGGCGGAAGUGACCAACCUCAAGACCCAGUGCGAGGCGCUCUUGGAGGAGCACGAGGCCGACAUCGAAGCCUGGUACUUUGGGAAGCAGGACAGAGCGCUGAGCGACUACUUGUGUCGGGGCAGGGCGCUCCGGAAAGGCGACGACGGCUGCUUGGACGAGGUCCUGCCACCGCCCAGUGACGAGUCGUCGAAGCCAGACUCGCCCAAGAAAUCUGAACUCUGAACAUUGGCUCAGGGGUGAUCCUGCUGUACGCGAUGACGUCGAAUUGUGAAAACGCGACUUGUUCAUCGCGCGACGCUGGGGGUCAUCCUACUUGUUUCUGCCGAGAUGAUUCGUGUGUGCGAAAUGUAUGCUCUGCAAGGUACGCGCUCAGCAUCAGUUACCACAAUGGCCGCUGAUGCACAGCCAUUCAAGCCAAGGGGUAUUCACGUGACGUCAAUCCGCCAUUUUGUUCCACAUUAGAGCGGCGAGACGAGCCUCCGUGAACCACGCAUUUCGCAGUUAUCCUUGGAGGAAUGCUCGCUAUCAACGUGUCAUCUGUGCAAGCAACGGCAUGUGACAAAAGUGAAUACCCCUUAUUCCACAGCGGCGAGCAAACGACACCUCAACUUUAAUUUUCUUUUUUAUGUAGUUGUCGCAGGUCAGAGCAUAUGUUAGCCCAUUUACAGCACCCUUUCUGAUGUCGACAGGAUGGAGUAUGCGUACGCGUUUUCUUUUUGUUUUUUUGGUGCAUUGCAAACAAUUUUUACUAAAGUACACCAUGCAAGAUGUGAUGUCACAGUCAUUGUACUGAAUGUUGCUUAUUUACAUACCAAAUACAGCGAAUGUGCGCGUCUAAAGUAAAAUAAAUUUGCAGUAUUGGACGACG